AUGUUGAAUUGUACCCUCCGCAGCAAGAACAUUAUCUAAAUCAGUUUUAAAAAUUGCUCAAUAAUACAAGAAGUUAUCCUAAAAUCUAAAAUAGGAAAUAUUAGAAGAUGUCUAAAUUAGAGAGCAAUCACUUGUGUUGAAUUCUUCACUAAGAAUUUUCGACCAUCUAGAAUUCAUCCAAUAGCUUGCAGAAUGAAAUUUUCAAUAAAAUACUCUCAAAAAUUUCAAUAUACAUAAAACAAAAGGGGGAAAUCAACCUUAUUGAUAAUAAAAACUAAUAAAAUCAUUUAGAAUGUUCAAAAGGUUAUGGAGAAUUUGAAUUUCUAACUUCCUAAAAGAGACAAACCAAAGCUCUAAGUACUGCCUAUAGUUUAAUCUAUAGAAUGAGUAGAGAAACUUUUCCUUGAAUUCAUAGCUGAAAAUUCUAUUGAAUUUGAAAAUUAUUGUGAAAUUAGAGACAAGAUUUUAUUUCAUUAUUAAGAUUUACUAUGAAUUGUGUAGCUUAGGGAUCUAAUUAAUGAUUGCCAAUAUCUAGCUUAUACACCUGAUAAAGAAUUCCUUAUUAAAAAGUAAUUGUUCAUUUCAACAAUGUGAGAUCCUUAUUCAAGAGAAAAAAUUUGAGAUUUUAAAAGUAUCUUUAAUAAUCACGAGGAUCAUGAAACACAUAAUAAAAUCUAAAAACAAAAUGAAAUUAGUCUCUCUUUAGAAUCUAGAAUAGAUAAAAUUCUCGUUUACUUGA